GGCCUAACUAUGAACAAGUGUAAUGUCUUUUUCGAAUAGCUUCCAAACUGAAGACCCCAGAACCCCUUAUUUUAAAUAAAAGUAAACAAUCCAUUGGGUUUGGUACUUCGUUUUCUUCGCCGGUUCCGUUUCUGCACACAACUCCACUUUCUCUGCAAUCAAUCCUCCAAAAUCAAACGGCUUUGUUUCGACUUUCUACCUCUUUAUUUCUUUAUAAAUAUCUUUUUGGUAGAUAUUCUCUUCUUCUUGGAUAUUUCUCGAAUGACAAAUCAAUUGGUUCCAGCAUCUCAACUCAAAGAAAUUAAAAGUGAAGACCGAUGACUUAUCCACUGAUCGUACCAGCCAAACCCUCUGCUCUACUAAUCAAUCAAAACGGGGAAAAAGGUGUCUCCUCCUCCAAAGCUGUCUCCGGCGAGUAUAUGUCGAAGAAACUAAAGGGCAACGCCGUUGUCUCCUCCGAUCAAGUGUUGUUCUUCAGAGAUGUCGGACCACAAGAAGGGGAGUCAUCGUUUCGUCUCCUCCUCUUCGACGAACAGGUUUACUCCAAGGCUUCGAAAAAGCUCAAAGCUUUAGAGAAAGCGAAGCUUGGGGCAGAACUUAAGGCAAAACAGAGCAAAGAUGUUUCUAAGAAGAGCACGAAGAAGAGUUCACAAAGGGAUGCGCAUGAAGAGAAUCCUGAGGAUUUUGUGGACCCUGAGACUCCUGUUUGUGAGAGGAAACAACUCUCUUUACAGAUGGCUAAGCAAUACAGUCCUGCUGCCGUAGAGAGAGCGUGGUACGCUUGGUGGGAGAAAGCUGGUUUCUUUACGGCGGAUGCUAAGAGUUCCAAGCCAGCGUUUGUUAUUGUUCUUCCUCCUCCAAAUGUGACUGGACUCUUGCAUAUUGGCCAUGCCUUAACAACUGCAAUCCAGUUACUGAUGCAGGAUUUGAUUAUUCGUUGGAAGAGAAUGUCUGGGUUUAAAGCACUGUGGGUGCCAGGCAGAGCCGGACCUGAAAUUUUCGGGGCCCUAUUCAAAAUUAAAAUUAAAACUUUGAUUUUUUACCUUAUAAUCAAAGAACUGUUUCUCUGUUUUUUCUGAACAAAACAGUUGUUUUUAAGAAGGUGAAACCCAGAAAUCA